UCCGGCAGCAAAGCGAACCCCCUCGCUAGUCACUAGAACAACGCAGACAGAAUAACGAAGCGAGCAUCCGACGCCACUAGUAGCCUCCGCUCCCUUACUCCCGAAACCCCACCUGAAAAAAACAUGGUCUCGACACGCUCGUCGUCGACGGCCAUCGCGACGCCGCGCGCGCAAAAGUCCGAGUCGGCCACUCCGCCCCCGUCGACGAUCCCUAAGACGCGCGCCUCGCGUGCCAGCAAUGCCAGUGCGUGGUCGCACGCGCCGUCGACACUGACGCUCGUGUGGUUGGGCGUGACGCUGCCGCUGGUGAUCUACGACACGACCUACGUGCUGCUGCGGCCGCUGACAAUGGAGGGCGGGUCGCUGCACUGGCCGCUGUUUGUGCCGUACGAAAUGUAUGGUGAUGUUGACCACGUAUACGGCUGGCCGGCGUUUGAGCGCCACGACGGCUUCACGGGCGCCCAGAGCUUCAUGAACGUCGUCGAGACGGCCAUGUACCUCGUCUACCUGGGCCUGUGGUACCGCAACGCCAAGCCCGCCAAGACCGCCGGCGCCAGGCCUGCCGUUGACGGCCCCGUCGGCGCCCUGGCCUUGCUGAUCGGCUUUAGCGCUGCCGUCAUGACCUUCAGCAAGACGGCGCUGUACUGGCUCAACGAGUACUACUCGGGCUACUCCAACGUCGGCCACAACUCGAUCCAGCGGGUGAUCUUUGUAUUUGUCCUUCUCAACGGCCCAUGGCUCAUCGGCCCAGCCAUCAUCACCUACCGGUUGGGCUCCGAGAUUGUCGCCGGCCUAGCGAGCGCCUCAGCUCCGCCUGCGCGCCGCGGGAAGAGCGAAUAACCCCGGAGUCGUUCGUCUUCUGCUCGAACGGAUGGAAUCCGGGACCUGCUGGCGGGGCGGGUGCGGAUUGAUGGAGAGAGAAAAAGGAAAGGGAUGAGAAGCUGCCCUUUCAGGGAUUUGCGGGUUCCCCUUCUCACGAGUGUAUACGUCUUAAUAUUAUUACCUGUAUAUACUUGCAUUUUUCGUUGGCGGUCGUGUUUUUUUUUCUUUUCUUCUCUUCGCGUCUCGCGCAUCGCGAUGCGGCAUCGGCAGGCCUUUGUCUCUGGUGGGUUUUAGUUUGGAUUCCAAGCCUUUCUCUCUUUAUUUUCUUAGGAGCGGU